AUGAAAUUUUUUCUGUUUCUACUUCAUUUUUCAUAUAUUCAUUGUGAUUGUCUCGAAUUUACUAAUAAUCAAAGCACAAACGAAUGCUUUAUUCAACCAAAUCUUCAUCUUGAUUUAGAUAUUCAUCAUUAUUAUACAGAAUGUUUACAAUGUACAAUUCAAACAUUAAUACAAAAUGAACAGAUUAAAUUUGAAGAAAAUAAUCAAUGCUUAACAAUUGAACUUCAAUGUAUUCAAUUGAUGUUUGAUAAUGAAAAAAUAUUUGAAGAUUUUUUUCAAUUUCAUCAACAUUUUAUCUACGAUUUAUUUAAUAAAGAUAAUGGUACCACUCAAAAUACUCUACAUGUUACAAUAAAAGAAAAUACGAUUGAAGAAAUUGAUUGUGAAUACAUUGAAAAUAUAUUUCAAGUAAAAUAUCAAGCGUAUCGUGCACUAUUUUUCGAAUUACAUAUUCAAAAUCAAACUAUUAAAAUAAAUUCAAAUCUUCUUAAUAUAACUCGUUUCUCUAUUAAAAUAAUUCUUAUGUGUGGAAAUAAAACAAAACCAAUUCAAACUAUCUAUACUAUUCAUAAUCAUAAAAUAACCUUAGAAAGCGAACAAGAAUCAUGCUCAUCAAUUUUUAUUCCAUCAGCAAUGUCGGUGGCUUCUACAAUAGUUAGUGAAUCAUCUUCCAAUGAAGUUUUAUCUAUAUUACAUGAAAAAUUAAAACAUAUCAUUCGAAUAAUUACUCUAUUAAUCAGUUGUUUAUUAUGUAUAUUACUUUCUUUGAUAUUUUAUUGUUUUAAGCGUCGAAAACAUUGCUAUACUACAUCGUCGGCAAUGACGAUAAGCAGUAAUGCACUUUCAACUAGUAACGAUAUCAGUACAGAAACACCAUUAUCAGUAAAUGACACACCUAAAUUGAAUUCUAAAUUAGAACGAUCAUUCAGUCGAAUGCGUGCUACACAAUUAUUUGAAGAUGAUAUUUGA